CUCAAGGUCACGGGGCAAGGAGGGACAUUUGAGCUAUCUACUGUGCCGAAGAAUUAUGAAUCAGCUUGAGCAAGAUCUGCGGACUAAACCGAUUUGCCUGAUUGUCCUUGGUAUGGCUGGUUCAGGCAAAACGACAUUUGUGAAGAAGCUAACUGAGUAUUUAACAGUUUCAUCAAAUUCGUCGUAUACAAUUAAUUUAGACCCAGCAGUUUAUCAUAUUCCGUACAAUCCUAACAUUGGUAAGCCUCAGUUUACUGGUGAUGUUUAAAGAUAUUCGCGAUACUGUCAAGUUUAAAGAGGUUAUGAAACAAUAUGGUUAUGGACCAAAUGGAGCUAUUAUGACAUCGUUGAAUUUCUUCGCCUCACAAUUUCAUAAAGUUGUGGAUAUAAUUAACAGCAACUCCGGAAAGGUUUCCUAUGUAAUAAUCGAUACACCUGGACAGAUUGAAGUGUUCACAUGGUCUGCUUCAGGAACUAUUAUUACAGAACUAUUAGGCAAUUCUUUUCCUACUCUAAUUAUAUACGUAAUGGAUACUCCACGAAGCCACAAUCCCAUCACAUUCAUGUCUAAUAUGCUCUAUGCUUGCAGUGUAUUGUAUAAAAUGCGACUUCCGUUUAUAUUAGUUCUUAAUAAAACUGACAUUAUAGACUGUGAUUUCGCCAUUCAAUGGAUGAGGGACUUUGAAACAUUUCAAGAUGCUCUAGCUGGUCAUCAAUCAACUGAUGGACCAUCUGAAAUGGAAGGUGAUAAUCCUUGUCCUGGGACAUCACCAUACAUGAAUAGUCUGGUUCAUUCUAUGUCAUUAGUGUUAGAUGAAUUCUAUAGUACUUUGCGUUGUUGUGGUAUCUCGUCGAUAACUGGUGAAGGCAUGAAAAAGUUUGUGGAAGAGAUUGAUGAAGCGAAAGAAGAGUACUUCAAGAUAAAUCUUCCGAGUUUGUAUGCUAAACAAGAAAAAAACAAGCAAGAUUCAAGUGAUAAAUCUAGUAAGUCUCAUUCAUCCAAACAUGGAUCAAUGCUUUUGGAUUUGGCUGGUAAUGAUGACGAAGCUGAAAAUGAUCCGCUACCUGAUGUUGAUGGUAUAGAAAUUCGUCCACACAGUGAUUCAGAUGAUAACGAUGAUGAUGAUGAAUUUUUAGAAUCAAAAGAUCUCACAUCUAUUCAAAAUAAAUUUCAACAAUCAUGUUCUGUUGAUCCUGUCCCUUCUAUGAAUUGUGAAAAUUAAUUCCUUCUAUAAAUGGAAAUAAUUAUUUUGUACAAAAUAUAAAUAUUUUUUGUUGCUG